GCUCAUAUGCUCAGUUGCCUCGAAAGUCGCGCGACGCCGGUUAACGGAAAUUCUCGCCAAACGCAACGCAACGUCGUUCUCGCGUCGCCGUCGACGUCGGCGUUGUGUCGUUGCCGCAACAACAACGUAAAAAAGCUGAACAAAAAAAAUAAAUAAAAAAGGAAAUAAAAGUGUAAUUCCUUUUAUUAAAAUCUACACUACAACAAAAAAAAAAUAAAUAUAUAAAGAAGAGAACACAACGAGAGGAACAAGGAAGAUACCCACACAGAAAUCACACCUAAAAGACUGCAAUCUGCCUUAACCGGAGGAAAGCCAGAGAAAGUGAAAGUAAAGACAUAUUUUAGGGGAGGAAGAGAAGGAAAGGGGAAAGUCCGCAGAUUGAUAUCUAAAUCGGGAAACAUAAUCAAAAAAAAUCAGCAUUGCAAUCCGGGAUUAACAACAAAAUGAGUUCGUUCAUCGAGUUGCUGGGACUUUUCCUGCUGCUGAUGCUGCCAUUUCUCUACGAGACGAAUCACAUAUUUCGUUACUACUUUAAAUUCAUGAUGUACUAUGGAAUCGUCUCCUUCAACUCAAUCGUCCUCAUUCCGGCCUUCCUCACCCGACCAUGCGAUGUUCGCAAUCUGUUAUGGGCGAGCACCUGGUGUCAUCGCGUCUCAACAUUAAUUGGCCUGCGUUGGGAGCUUCGUGGCAAGGAGCAUCUGGCCAAGGACCAGGCCUGCAUCAUUGUGGCCAACCAUCAGAGUUCGCUGGAUGUACUGGGCAUGUUCAACAUCUGGCAUGUGAUGAACAAAUGCACGGUGGUGGCCAAGCGGGAGCUGUUCUACGCCUGGCCCUUUGGCUUAGCCGCCUGGUUGGCUGGUUUAAUCUUCAUCGAUCGUGUGCGAGGCGAGAAGGCGCGCGAGACGCUGAACGAUGUUAAUCGGCGCAUCAAAAAACAGCGUAUCAAACUUUGGGUUUUCCCAGAGGGAACGCGUCGCAACACUGGUGAACUGCAUCCGUUUAAGAAGGGCGCCUUUCACAUGGCCAUCGAUCAGCAGAUACCCAUUUUGCCGGUGGUCUUCUCCUCCUACUGUACAUUCCUCAACGACAAGAAGAAGAUCUUGAAUGCAGGACGCAUUGUGAUCACCACACUGCCGCCAGUUAGUACCGAGGGUCUAACCAAGGACGACAUCGAUGUGCUAAUGGAGCGGGUCCGAUCACAGAUGAUUGAAACCUUCAAGUUAACGUCCGCGGAAGCGUUGCAGCGAUACAAACCGCUGAAAAAGAGUGGCGUUUCCAUCUCAUCAUCAUCAACGAAAGCAGCAUCGGUGGUUUCAGUGGGAUCUGCUGCCGUAAACACGCCCGUUACAGAUGCUGCCGCAGUGGCAGCCGCUGCUGCUGUGGCCAGUAGCAGUUCGGUGGGAUACGGCCAGCCAGCAGGCUAUGGAGCCGGAGCCGCUGCAAAGGCCAGUUUGCUCAAAACGCUUUAGAGGAUCUAGCAAUUUAGUCCACCCACACACACACUCGCAUACCCUCAUAUUCAAAACACCACCAAAACAGCACCUCAUUGGCGUAGCUGGAGAAGGGAUUUGAAGCUUUAAGCAGCCGCUUGAAAGCAGAUAAAUAGGCCUAUUUGGGAUAUCGAUUUCGAUUUCGAUCGAAAAUCUUAAACUUAGCAAUUUUCGUAAACCCCCAGUACAGUAUUUAAUUUAUUUAAUUUUACCAUGUCAAGUCAAAAGUUUGUUAAUUUUACUUUAUUUUAUUUGUAAAUUAUAACUAAAGUAUUCGGUAAGGUAUUUCGUAUACUCUACUAAAGGGUAUUCAAAUUGUUUAGCAGUAUUUACAGCUUGACUGGUUUUAUUUUAAAGUCGAACAUUAAAUUAACUUAAGAUUUGGCCAAUAAAAAAACUAAUAUAACUUCUUUUAUUUGUAAAUAUCAAAAUGCAUAAUCUAAGGAGAUAUAAAUUUUUCAAUUUAAAAAGCCCAAAUAGGUCUAUUAGCGAAAAGUUUUUAAAAUUUCCGAAAUCUUAAACUCAAAUCAGCUUUCUUUUUAUAGAUUCUUCAGCACUUGAUCACUAUUUUCUAACGAAAGAACAUUUUCCGGCUACAGUCGACCAUACACUCACAUCCAACAGUUUGGCACCUACAAAAAUGAGUAUUAGGAGCAGCAAGACACUAAAUUGCGACCCUCGACUGUCAGACUUUAUCUUCUUCUUAGGCAACACAUACCAAAACUAACAAGAGAAACCAAAAAUAAGACCUAAAAUCUAACCUACACUAAGCAACAGAAAUCUAAGGACUUGUCUAGUAGAGAUUUGAGUUUGAUCUACUGAAAAGUUUGGUUUAAUCCCUAGUUCUUAGUUCUUUUGCUUGUGGAGUGUUAGAUUUUUAGAUAAUUAAACCAAAUACCUAUACUAUAUAUAAACAUAAAUUGUGAAUGAAUAAUUUUUCAAAUGACAUUAGAAUAUGUAGGCCGAAACGUGGUUGAUAUGUUUGUACAAUCGAUCGAUCAAUGAACCAAGUUUCUAACGUAUUUUAUUUACUAGACACAUUCCCUAACUAGGUUAGGGCUUCCCCUCACUUAUCUUUGUAUUAUCACCUCAUGGCAUCUAAGGAAUUUAAGGGAUCUUCAAAAACUAAAUACCUAGAUGUAUAUAUAUAUAUAUAUAUCAAUAUAUAUAUGUAUAUAUGUUUAUGUAUUGUAUUCGAAGUACGUACUAUAUAUUGUGAAUUGUAUACCAUCUGUCUGGUAAAAGUGUUAACUUAACUUUGUAAAUACGAUGCGGUUUACUUUAAAGACAAAUCAAAAACUAAAACAGCGAUAAGAUGAUAAAGAAAAGGAAACAAUUAAAUACAAGUAUAAUAAAUAUUUUUUUUCAAUAA